CCCUUUUCUCACAUCUCUUAAUCGGUUAAUCCCCCUUUCUUUUAGCCUUCCCCAACAAACUCAAACCCUAGAUCUCAAUUCUCAACCAAUGGCUCCCAAAGCAGCAGAGAAAAAACCGGCCGAGAAGAAGCCCGCCGCCGAGAAAGCCCCGGCCGAGAAGAAGCCCAAGGCCGGCAAGAAGCUCCCCAAGGAAGCCGGCGCCGGCGCCGUCGACAAGAAGAAGAAGAGAGUUAAAAAGAGCGUGGAGACCUACAAGAUCUAUAUCUUCAAGGUGCUCAAACAGGUUCACCCUGACAUCGGUAUCUCCAGCAAGGCCAUGGGGAUUAUGAACAGCUUCAUCAACGAUAUCUUCGAGAAGCUCGCUCAGGAGUCUUCCAAGCUUGCGAGGUACAACAAGAAGCCAACCAUCACUUCUCGGGAGAUUCAGACGGCUGUGAGGCUUGUGCUCCCCGGUGAAUUGGCCAAGCAUGCUGUUUCCGAAGGCACCAAGGCGGUGACCAAAUUUACUAGUUCUUAAAUUUCUGUUUGAUUAAAUGUCUAGGUUAUAUAAUUGGUUAGGACUCUUUUAUGUUUUGUGUCUAAGUAUGAAGUUUCUGUUGGUAACUGAAUAUUUCUGAUCUAUUUUCAUGUGAUGUAACUACUAGUGUUCUCAAUUAAUGAUAUGAUAUUUUUAGAUC